GGGUAACCCGGUGUUUCAAGAACCGAGGCCGAGCCCUACCCCAAUCCCCAGUCUCCCCACUGUCCCCAGUUCCAGCUCGGCUUGUCGGGUCGGCUGUCGACUUCCAAUCUUAGUUCAGGUCCACGUCCACCUACCAGUUACCACGUGAUUACAGGGUGCAUGGAAUAAACCGGUUUUCGCUAAUUCCUGGGUUUUUGUUAUGUGUCACGAGAGAGACUCCGCCUAUCUGUAUAUUGCAUCACAUGUCUGCUAGUCUUCUGGGUGAAAGAAAGUCGAAUCCUCUGUUUGAUGUGAAGUACAGUUGUGAGCUUCUUACUGUGACAACCUGUGACCGUCCUGCUCACGGAGCUUUCUAUUUUUAAACGAAAGCCGGUAUCUAAAUCGGACGUCCCACUCAAAGCUGCAAAGGUGCAAAUAUCUAAAACUUUAAUCACUUGCAAUGGCUGCAAGGCAAAUCAAGAAACUUGCUGCUGGUGGAAUAGCCUUGGGUGGAACUGUUGCUCUUGCAUCAUGGGUUUUUGGAGAUGAUAACCACACUAAGAAACAAUUUGGUCAUGUUUUAGCUGCUGACAAUUUGAAAUCAAGGCCAACUAAGCCUUUACCAACUAGAAGUGAGCAGCUUAAAGCACUUGAAGAUGAAGUCUAUGAUGUCUUAGUUAUAGGUGGAGGAGCAACAGGAGCAGGAUGUGCUUUGGAUUCAGUGUCACGGGGUCUCAAAACAGCACUGGUUGAAUUGGAGGAUUUCAGUUCAGGGACGAGUAGCAGAAGCACGAAGCUGCUACAUGGCGGUGUACGCUACCUUCAAAAAGCAAUUUUCAAUUUAGAUAUUGAGCAGUAUAAGAUGGUCAAAGAAGCCCUUCACGAACGAGCGAAUCUGUUAGAAAUCGCCCCUCAUCUCUCCUACCCUCUUCCUAUUAUGCUACCAGUUUAUACUUGGUGGCAAAUUCCUUAUUACUGGUCUGGAAUAAAAAUGUACGAUUUAGUAGCUGGUUCCAAAUGCAUCAAAAGUUCAUAUGUAUUAAGCAAAGAAAAGGCCAUUGAACUGUUUCCGAUGCUUCGGAAAGAUAAACUGUGUGGUGCAAUCGUCUAUUAUGAUGGCCAACAUAAUGACGCCCGUAUGAACAUUGCCAUAGCUUUAACUGCCGCCCGUCUAGGGGCUACUGUAGCCAAUCACGUGAAAGUGGUAAGCCUUACGAAAAAUAAAGAUAGCGAAGGCCAAGAAAAAAUCUCCGGUGCGCAUGUACGUGACGAGAUUACUGGCAAAGAAUGGGACGUUCGGGCAAAAUGUGUCAUCAAUGCUACGGGUCCCUUCACGGAUUCCAUCAGGGAAAUGGAUCAACAGACGGUUAACAAAAUAUGCGCUCCCUCCGCAGGUGUUCAUAUCGUGUUGCCGGAUUACUAUAGCCCAGCCAGUAUGGGCUUACUUGAUCCCUCCACUUCGGAUGGACGUGUCAUUUUCUUUUUGCCGUGGCAGGGUUUAACUAUCGCUGGAACAACCGAUACUCCCUGUGAAGUGACUCACCAUCCAAGUCCGACAGAAGCCGAUAUCGAGUUCAUCCUUGGUGAAAUCCGAUCGUACUUAAGUCCGGAUAUUGAAGUUCGCCGUGGUGACGUCCUGUCGGCCUGGAGUGGGAUCCGUCCUUUAGUAUCAGACCCAAAUAAACCAAACUCUCAAUCGCUGGUCAGAAACCAUAUUGUGCACGUGAGUGAUAGUGGACUCGUAACAAUCGCCGGAGGUAAAUGGACUACAUACCGUUCCAUGGCUAUGGAAACGCUUGAUGCAGCGGUCAAGAAGUGUAACUUGCCAGCUGUUCGAGAAUCUGCCACUGACGGACUCCUUCUUGAGGGCGCUCAUGGAUGGACACCAACCAUGUUUAUCAGAUUAGUGCAAGAUUUUGGAUUGGAGAGCGAGGUAGCCAAACAUUUGUCGGAAACUUACGGAGACCGAGCGUUCUCUGUUGCCAAACUGGCUGCAUUGACUGGUAAACGAUGGCCAAUUGUUGGAAAGAGAUUACACGAAGAAUUUCCUUAUAUUGAUGCUGAAGUCCGAUAUGCUGUUAGGGAAUACGCUUGCACUGCCGUAGAUGUGAUUGCUCGUCGUCUUCGCUUAGCCUUCCUAAAUGUUCAGGCUGCCGAAGAAGCUCUUCCUAGUAUUAUUUCCAUUAUGGCCGAAGAGCUAAAUUGGUCAGAAGACGAGCAAAAACGUCAACAUGCUGAAGCUGUUAAGUUCGUGAGAGAAGAAAUGGGACAACAGGUUAACCGACAGAGCCGAGAUAAAAUCCCAAUCAACUUGUCUCGUGAAGAGAUAUCCAACUACAUCAAACGUUUCCAGGCACUCGACCAGGAUAAAAAAGGAUACAUCUCCAUCAACGAUAUUCGCCGAGGGCUCAAGACUGGAGAUCUAAUUCGCAAUCAUGAGAUUUCGGGAGAGGAAAUCCAUGCAGCUCUGAAUAAAGUCGAUCUACGAUUGAAUGGUCAAACUGAUCUUUCCGAGUUCAUACAGCUAAUGGCCUGUAUCAAAUCUGGUCGCGUAACGAACUCACGCUUUGACCAGUUGGCACAAGAAGCUCAGAAAAACGCUGAAGAAGAAGAAGCAAAAAGGAAAGCUAUACCGGUGGACCGCAGUGGAGGAGGAGUCUAAAAGUCUCUCUUUAAUUUAUAGUUUAAGGUGUUGCGUGGCCAUGGCCAUUUAGCAGCACACAUUUUAAAACAAAUUUCCCUUUUUUGAUCUUUAAACUCAUUGGUUACUUAGUCGUUGUUUUUUACUAGCAUUCAUGUUUAAAUUGCAUUUCACAUUUUAUCCCUUUUUCGUACUGAUCAAAACCCAACGGGAUAAAAUGGCUAAAACCCAGAGUUAUUUACCAUCGGUCAAUUCGAACAAAGCCAAAGUAUUGUGUCCGUCUAUUCUUUCGGUUGGUUGUGCAGCAAAAAAAUAUUUACUUUAAAUUAUUCACGUUGUAUUAUCCUCAUAGUCUGCACAGUGAGAUCCAUAACGCGUACAUCUUUUAAGGUCUCAAUAAUCGUUUCUGACACUUAUAUUGUAGGUUCCUAGUAAAUCUAUUCAGUGUAGUGUUGUUUUUCUAUUAAAGCACUUGUUUUGUAUUUCUCUUUCUAUAGUAAUAAAUAGACGUUUGUGCAAGAG